AUGCUUGAUCCAUUUUACCGCCAAGCUCUUGCUCGCUUUUACUACAUCAAAGUGAGGGACUAUGACAAAGCUGAGAAGGAGGCUAUAGAAGUUAAAAGGAGAGAGCUCAGAAAUUAAUUUGUUCCUGAUACACUGGGACAAGUCCAUAAAAACGAUUUGAAGACCAAACCUGUGCGAUCAUGUGCAAAAUACACUUUGUCCUAUGCUGAAAAGGCCACCAGGGCCUUCAAACAGGAGGAAGAGUUGGCUGGUAAAGAAAAGGGUGCUGGCAUAAAAGAUUACAGCAUCUUUAACAAUAGGGGGCACUUUGGCUUUUUGCAGGUUGCGAACACUGUUUUUGAUUCCCUUACCAAGAUCACCCAAACAUGGGAAAAUCUUCUCACCCAGGAAAUGCCAGCAGAACAUCUUCCUCAACUAUUUAAAGAUAGAAAACUCGAGAAGUACAAGCCUCUCCUCGCCAGUCUCAGAGAUGAUGUUGAAAGGAAAUUGACGUUUUUUGAGAGAUACCUUACUUACUCUGAGCCCAGUAACUUAGGGGACCAGCCACCAUACUUUCAGCGAGAAAUCAAUGAUUGCUAUGCAAAUUUCAUAAUUACACCCAGACUGUUCCAUGCACAGAAACCAGGGGGUGUACAAUUCCAGAAACUUCAAGAGGAAAUAGCCUCUACCUUUCCUGGACUACUCUCCUGUGUCAAUCGAAACACCAGAAAGUCUGAGUUGCAACACAUCACAGAAUUGUGGAGAACUAUCUAUGAUAAAAACAAAAGUGGCAAUGUGAACAUUGCCUAUAAUUACAUCCUGGUCAACAUCCUGGCCAACGGGCCAGUGACAUCUCCAGAACCCACAAUUCUACCACAAUUAAGAGUCAUUCUUCAGAAGUUCAUUAAGGAAGACAACAGAGAACUCUGGACCCCAGAGUUUUACCUCCUUGUCCUGCUACUGUUUUGGCCCGAGGAAGGAAGAGAGGAGGAUGUCACCAACGACAUUGACCUCAACAUGUAUGUUGGGCUUAUGAAACUUGCAUAUAACAGCAAAUACAAGAAGUAUAUUCGAUCCAGAGAACUUGUGUCCCUGUUCUACCUGGGAAGGGGUGAUGGUUUGAGAAGACUUGUUCAGAAAUCAGAAAAAGAGAACCAAUGGGAACAGUCUGAGACGGAGGGGAAACCAGGGCAGUUUUCUCAAAACAGUGGCAGACGAGACGGAUUCCAAAACCAACUUGUUCGUGUCAAUGGAGUGGUCAGAGAGCAUAAGGUAGUUGCCUGUAUGGCAGACAAAGACAUUGAGAUUUGUCCCAAAAAACAGGCCAGUUAAUUUUUUAAUUAACUAGGCAAGUCAGUUAAGAACAAAUUCUUAUUUACAAUGACAGCCUACACUGGCCAAACCCAGACAACGCUGGGCCAAUUGUGCGCUGACCUAUGGGACUCACAAUCAUAGCCGGUUGUGAUACAGCCUGGAAUCGAACCAGGGGGUCUGUAGUGACGUCUCAAGCACUGAGAUGCAGUGCCUUAGACCGCUGCGCCACUCGGGAGCAAGUGUUUGGAAGGAUGGCGAUAUCUCAUUUUACCUUGGCUUCAAUAUCAGUGGCCCUGAGGCUUUUGACAUAAGGUACACAGUAGAAUCCGAAACAAAUGUUCAGAAACAAAUGGAUGAUGCCAUUGGAUCAGAGAGAACCAUAAUAGAAGACUCAAAAACAUUAAAUCAAGGUCAGUCAUACCUUCACUUGUAUUAGAUCUAUUCCACAUGAUGGGGUCCCGUUUAAAUUCAAAUAUACAAGGGUGUGUAUACUGUAUCCAUGGGUUUGUUUCUGAGACACAGUACCAGAUGCCUCCAAAGGCCAAGAUGACAGUGUGUUUACCUCUUUUGGUAGCACAGCAAAUGUGUUUUCUCAGUGAUUAGCCCUAUGACUUGUUUUUUGGCUAAAAUGGUAAACUACUCAUCAAAGGUGUACAUCAUGAAAAGAUGGACCAAUGAUUCUCAUUUCAGAAAUUCCAAUGGGCUGUAAGACUUGUAGACACAUUCAGGUAAGUAAGAAAUUAUACAUUUUGGGCCACUGACAUCACUGCAGGGUUGGGGUAAAUUCCAUUUUAAUUUCAGUAAACGAAAUUGAAUUUCAGUUCACUCCCUGAAAUGACUGAAUUGAAAUGCAAUUAACCCCAACCCUGCUGCAAUCAAUCAAUCAAUUCACUUUUUAUACAGUUUAAAUUUAGUUUACAAAGGUGUCUGUCACAAAGUGCUUUACAAAACCUAAGCCUAAAUUCCAGGGAGAUCAAGCCAUUUCCACAUUUGCUAGGACAAAUGAGUUUGAUCGAAGGAAGACCUUUAGGAAACCUUUGGAGUAACCAACCUGUUAAUUGACAACUCAUCCAAAUGUUAAUGAAAACUAGAUGUUGAAAUGACGUCUGUGCCCAGUGGGAUGUAUUAAAGUCCUACUCCAGUCUCAUUUUCAGCUCAUUUAUCACCUGAUUUACUUAACAAAAGGCAUUGUUCCUCAAGCAGAGAAUGUUGCUCAUCGACUACAGCUCAGCCUUCAACACCAUAGUGCCCUCCAAGCUCAGGGCCAUGGGACUCAACACCUCCCUCUGCAACUGGAUCCUGGACUUUCUGACGGGCCGCCCCCAGGUGGUGUGGGUAGGCAACAACACAUCCGCCACGCUGACCCUCAACACGGGGGCCCCUCAUAGCUGCGUGCCUAGUGCCCUCCUGUACAUUUACAUUUUACAGUUUAGUCAUUUAGCAGACACUCUUAUCCAGAGCGACUUACAGUUAGUGAGUGCAUACAUUUUCAUACUGGCCCCCCGUGGGAAACAAACCCACAACCCUGGCGUUGCAAGCGCCGUGCUCUACCAACUGAGCUACAGGGGAUUACAAUAGUCAUACUGAGUCGGUGAUUAAAUGAUUUGCCAUCUUACAAGAUCCUCCUGAGACGCACAGGGCCUGUUGCAUUUAUUCACAUUAUAAUGGAGUCUUCUCAUCCUCAGUCGAUAAGGAUUUCCACCAACCUACAAUAUGGACAAAGAGGAACUGUACUCCCUGUUCACCUACGACUGCGUGGCCGCACACGACUCCGACACGACAGUGGUAGACUUGAUCACCAACGACGAUGAAGACAGCCUAUAGGGAGGAGGUCAUUGACCUGGCAGUUUGGUGCCAGGACAACAACCUUUCCCUCAACGUCAGCAAGACAAAAGAGCUUAUCGUGGACUACAGGAAACAGAGGGCCCAAGCGCGACCCCAUCCACAUCGACGGGGCUGUAGUGGAGCAGGUUGAGAGCGUCAAGUUCCUCAGUGUCCAUAUUGUAGGUUGGUGGAAAUCCUUAUCGACUGAGGAUGAGAAGACUCCAUUAUAAUGUGAAUAAAUGCAACAGGCCCUGUGCGUCUCAGGAGGAUCUUGUAAGAUGGCAAAUCAUUUAAUCACAGACUCAGUAUGACUAUUGUUAGGUUCUAAAUAAAUAGAGUAAAAAAACUAACGGCCGACUAGGAAAAGCUCAAACCAAGUUUAUUCACCCACUGGGUCAAACAGCUGCCUAGACAAAGACAUGGUUCCACAAGUACAUAUAUUUAUACCCUCCACUGGAUGGAGUCAACUCCUCGCACAUCUAGACAGCCAAUACAUUUCUGUUGCUAGGCAGGAAUUUAAGCGAUGUGGGUAAUAAAACUCUUCCUUCUCCCUUCAUCUGACCUGACCUCGGCCCACAUUCCUCACUAAUCCACAGCUAUCUACCCUUAUCAGUGCCUUUUCCCUUACUUAGUAACUCUCCAGGCCCAUGGCUCAUAUCCAAUCUCCAUUGACCCCCACCAUAUACAUUCCUCAUACAUGUAACCAUUAACUUCUAGUAUAGCAAGUAUUUCAAACUAGAACCCAACACUAUAAUGAACAUGUCUAACUUGCACCGUUAUGCAAUUAGUAAGAGACUAGAUACAAAUAGCUAAUCAUGGCGAACAAUGUUCUAACAUUAAUGUAUUGAGACAAGUAGAUCAGGGUGGAACAUAAUCAUAUGCUAUGUGUAUAGUGUAAUAAAACUUCCAAUAUACCUACUCAAUAAUGAACGUAUAGUCAAUCAAAGCAUUACUCUGUAAAACAAUACGAUUUAUUAGUCACAAAAUAAUUUACACUCAAUUAGUGUACAUGAAAUACAUGAUCCAUUACAGAAUACACAGAGCAAAUUACUAUCAUCAAUAAGACUUAACGCGGUUACAUAUGUUUUCUGUUCAGAAUAAUCUCUCUAAGAUAAAAUCUAUGUGUUUUAUACACACAGGAGCUUGCUAACAAGUUCUCAAAGUAUGGGCGAAUUCACUGUCCUUUUGACCAAAUUCAAGUAGGAACUCUCCCCCAACCUGAAUUAACAUUUAUUUGCUAAUUAACACAAAAGGCAGGAACAUUCUCUAAACUAAUCACCACACCUCAAAACUUUAUGAUAGGAGCGCACCCCUGUGUCGCUACCUUUUUAAUUCUACUUAUUUUUAUUUUUUAUUUUAGUCAUUUAGCAGACGCUCUUAUCCAGAGCGACUUACAGGAGCAAGUAGGGUUAAGUGCCUUGCUCAAGGGCACAUCAACAGAUUUUUCACCUAGUCGGCUCGGGGAUUAGAACCAGCGACCUUUCGGUUACUGGCACAACGCUCUUAACCACUAAGCUACCUGACUAACGUCCGACUAACAGAAUAACAGUUUCCCCGUAACAAUAAAUCCAUAGCACUUACGGUACAAUAAAACAUAUCAAUAUUCAUAGAUCUUUAUGAACUCUUGAAACAAUCCAAAUGACAAUUUAAUUCACACAGUAACAUUCAUUUAAUCAUUUAAAGUUUUCAUCAGUCUUCACACCUCUCCUGGCAUCAGUGACCCCAGGGCUUCCAUGGGAACGUCUCAUCCCAGAGGUUGCCACGGCAAAGGUGUGGCUGUCUCCUGUGAUAUUCAAAUAUACGACCAUCCAUCCAAACAAUGUCAUGAAUCAUGAUUGAGUCAUCUCACUGGGCCUCGGCAACAGCAAGUCGCGAGUAUCAACUUCUCUCAUUUUUCCACCAACACCACUAAGGAAUUAACAUGGUCCACACACACCAACAGAGUCGUGAAGAAGGCGUGACAAUGCCACUUCCCCUUCAGGAGGCUGAAAAGAUUGGGCAUGUGCCCUCAAAUCCUCAAAAAGUUAUACAGCUGCACCAUUGAGCGCAUCUUGACUGGCUGCAUCACCGCUUGGUAUGGCAACUGCUUGGCAUCCGACCGCAAUGCACUACAGAGGGUAGUGCGUAUAGCCUAGUACAUCACUGGGGUCGAGCUCCCUGCCAUCCAGGAGUCAGAGGAAGGCCCUAAAAAUUGUUAGACUCCAGCCACUCAAGUCAUAGAAUGUUCUCUCUGCUACUGCAUUGCAAGCGGUACCAAUGCACCAAGUCUGGAACCAACAGGACCCUGAACAGCUUCUACCCCUAAGCCAUAAGACCCCUGAACAGCCUAGGUUGCUAUUCGGUUAACUAUCUGCAUUGACCUCUUUUGACUCAUCACUGAUGCUACUGCUUAUUUACCCCUAUGUACAUAUCUACCUUAAUUACCACGAUGACUCGAUACUGGUAACUCAUGUUUGUAGCCACGUUAGCGUUACUCAUUGUGUAUUCCUCGUGUUAUUAUCUUUCUAUUAUUUUUCUGUUUUUCUCUAUGCAUUGUUGGGAAGUAAGUAAGUAAGUAAGCAUUUCACCGUUAGUCUACACCUGUUGUUUACGAAGCAUGUGACAAAUACAAUUUGAUUUGAUUUGAAGCAAGGGGGGAGGCCGAUGACAUCACAAAUCCCCAUCAGACCAACUCCUUGAAUGCCCUACUCCUUGAAGUUUGCAGUUGUCAAAAAAAACACUAUUUUGGUCAAAAGUAAAAAAUGUACCCUUUAGUGUGUAUACUUUACUGUAUUUAUACUUGGGAAAUCACUUUUCAACAGUAAACGUAAAAAGAAAUCCCAUGAGGACGUCUUUAACUAUCCAAAAUAAGAGCUACAUGUACAGUAAAAGAUAUCUGAAGGAUAUCAAGUUGUCCUUUGGUCCAACCACUUCGUCCUUUGACAUGUUUUGCUUGACUUUUAUUGUUGACCUCAGGCACAGUUCUACCAAAGGGUGCUAUGAAUGCACAGUGUCUGAACUCCGCUGGGUGUGUGAGAGCAAUGUCAUUCUGAAAUACCACUACAGGAACUGGGAACCCUACAGUCAACUUCUGAAACACAUGCAGUACACACAAGGUGGUCCAUUGCUGGACAUCACUAUGGAGUUUGGUAACUGGAGGAAGUUCAUCUGCCACACUUCAUCCGUUUAGUUAAAAUAAUUGAACAUAUUCAGAAAUAAAUUGUUGUGCAAUUUAAUGGUUCAUAUUUGUUUUAUUUGAGUUCAAGCUCAUCUUGACUAAAGCACUUAACGUUGUUCUUGGUUGUGCUGAAUGAAUAAUAUAAAAUGUUUUUAAAUUCUCUCCAAUUGAUUGUGUUGUGCAGGGACAAACCCUUCCCUGAUGAAUGUCUUGAAGAUUCUUUAUGUAGAGGAACAUAGAGUGUCUUUCAAGGAAGUGCACGAGGUCACCCGAUUCCAUGUUAAGCUUCUUCGUCCUGAGUUCUCAGCUCUUUCACUGUGCUUUCCCUCUUUUUGGGAUGUAGAAGUACACUGUGAGGUGGUACUCUAUCUGGCAGUGAAAGAGGCAACACUAAUUUCACGGCUGUACCUGCUCCUCAGAAACUCUGGUCAACAAGAAGUAAGGCACCACCAUCAUUAAGUGUCUAUGUUGACAGUUAGGCCGUGAUUCAAUCCAAUCGCGCUUGUAGACAAUGCCUUUUUUUAAGGCAAUGUUCCCACGUUCCCGGAGAUCACAUUCACGGUAAUCGCUGCGUAUGUCGGUCAUGACCUUUAAAUGGCACCUUUAAAGAUGUUUGUUUUUUUCGCAGAGUUGCACGUUGUGUGAAUUAUUGGUCUGACUUAAUACUCCAUUGUUCAUUUUAUAGGCUGUGCAGAAAAGGGAGAAAAGUCAGAUGUCCAAAGGAUUUUCCGAAUAUCUCAUGUCAAGUCCAAAAGGACCCCUAAAGCUGAGAAGUCAUUUUGCGCUCCAUAAUCCCAAUGCCAAAUCAAUCAGACCUCAGGUGUAGUUUUAGUAGAUUAGGGAAAUGACUGACAUUUAAUUCAAAAGUUCAAAUAUUUUUUUCUAUUCAUUAAGUUUGACCCCUCUCUCUUUCUCUCGCUCUCUCAUAUUCUCUUCUGUUUUGUCUUUUUUGUUUCUCUCGUUCGUUGAACCAUAUGGCCGUCCAUACAGAAGAUUCAGCUGUUACCUGACGACGUCGAACCAAGCCGUUUUAAGAUGGUUAUGGAUAAAACAGGGAUUGACAAUCAGAUGGAGUUAAUCGGAGAUGAUGGAAACAUAGUAUGGGAUGAUUAACUACCAAAAGGUAAGAGAUACAUUCCACUCAUUUUCGGACAGAUGCUAUUAAAACCCUCUACAGUCUAAGGGGGGGGGGGGGGGGGGGGGGGGGGGAGAUGCUAUUAAAACCCUCUACAGUCUAAGGGGGGGGGGGGGGGGGGGGGGGGGGGAUGCUAUUAAAACCCUCUACAGUCUAAGGGGGGGGAGAUGCUAUUAAAACCCUCUACAGUCUAAGGGGGGGGGGGGGGGGGGGGUUCGCAUCUUUUGAUAGAGGGCGGCUCAUAACAGCCAAACCGUUUGGGCGCUACAGACGUUUUCGUGAGAAGACUGAUUCUCGAGAUGUCUCAUGGUCUGACAAACACCGCUCUCUAGCUCUGCCACGUUUCAUCUGACUUAAACGGACAGAUUGUGAUGGGGAUUUUUUAUUAUUAUGCUAAUUCAAGUCUAGGGGAUUAAAGUUUACUUUAAUGAUAUAUUAUAUUUUGGGUUUAUUUUUCAGAUGAAUACAGCAAUGACAAGUUUGUUUUCAUGAGUCAUAGUCAGUGAGAUGCAAAGCUACAGAACAUUCAGAACAUGCAGAGCAUUAAGAUAGAAAUAUGUUAUGUAUACUGAACAAAAAUAUAAACGCAACAUGCAACAGUUUCAACUGUUUUACUGAGUUAGUUCAUAUAAGGAAAUCAGUAAAUUGAAAUUAAUUCAUUAGGCCCUAAUCUAUGGAUUUCACAUGACUGGGCAGGGUCGCAGCCAUGGGAGGGACUGGCCCAGCCAAUGAGAAUGAGUUUUUCCCCCAUAAAAGUGUUUUAUUACAGAAAUAAAUACUCCUCAGUUUAAUCAGCUGUCCGGGUGGCUGGUCUCAGACGAUCCCGCAGGUGAAGAAGCCAGAUGUGGAGGUCCUGGGCUGGCGUGGUUACACGUGGUCUGCGGUUGUGAGGCCAGUUGGACAUACUGCGAAAUUCUCUAAAACGACGGAGGUGGCUUAUGGUAGAGAAAUGAACAUGAAAUUACCUGGCAACAGCUCUGGUGGACAUUCAUGCAGUCAGCAUGCCAAUUGCACACUCCCUCAAAACUUGAGACAUCUGUGGCAUUGUGUUGUGUGACAUAACUACACAUUUUAGAGUGGCCUUUUAUUGUCCCCAGUACAAGGUGCACCUGUGUAACGAUCAUGCUGUUUAAUCAGCUUCUUGAUAUGCCACACCUGUCAGGUGGAUGGAUUAUCUUGGCAAAGGAGAAAUGCUCACUAACAGGGAUGUAAACACAUUUGUGCACAAAGUUCGAGAGAAAUUAGCUUUUUGUGCGAAUGGAACAUUUAUGGGUUCUUUUAUUUCAGCUCAUGAAACAUGGGACCAACACUUGACAUGUUGCGUUUAUAUUUUUGUUCAGUAUAGAACAGAUCAUGUAGAACAGAUCAUGUAGAAUAGGAAAUAUUAUCAGCUCUAUACAAGACACAACUAUCAAAAGGAAUGGUAACUGGAGAGACCUCAAGUGGUAGAAACAGCUCUAGAAACGUCUGCCGCUAACCCUCACACCAUAUAUAUUUAAUUGAUUUCUUCCCCCAGCGAUAACACACUCUGGCAUAUCUUUGGAGUUUCUGAAAAACCACAGAGCUAAAAUCAUUCAGAGUGCCACAAAUGCUAUGCCAAUAGCAGAUGCUCUGCUUUCAAAAGACAUGAUUGGUGAAGAAGAGCACUCAAAAAUAGCAUCUGAAACAACUGAUCAGGAACAAAUGAGGAAACUACUGAAAUGUGUGAUUCUUAAAGGACAAAAGGUGGUGGAUGCUUUCCUCCAUGUCUUAUGUAAACAGAAUCGAUUUCUCAUUGAGGACAUGGUUCAAUCU